AUGUCAUUUACAUGUUUUCUUUAUUCUACUAAUACUUCCAAAACUUUUUCAUCUAAAAACUCACUUUCUAUUCAUGAAAGAUCUGUUCACCCAAAUAAUAAAAUAAUACCUCAUUCACGUUGCUUAACUUCUCCAUCUUCAUAUGAUAUUCGCCACUUUAAACAUUCUUUCGUAAUACAAUUAAAGUUCGAAGGUGGUCAAGGAUAUGAACAAUUAGGAAAUUUUUUAGAUAAUAAAAACUGGGGUAGCAAAAUGCGAAGGACAGGAACAUGUGCAUAUGUUUUAAUGCAAAAUGCGCAACAAACCUAUAAUGUUACUUUUUGUUGGAAAGAACAUGUAUAUAAAGAUUCUGAUAUAGAAUUACGUUGUAGUUCUAUGCGCUUUGAAUUUAAUAUUGAUAUAAGAGAUUUUGUAGAAGGUAAUUGA